AUGCACGCAGGCUCCCCUUCACUGCACCCCCGGGUCCACUGCACCCCUGGUCCACUGCACUCCCGGGUCCCCGCCUCCCCGCAGCGCGCGCUGAAGGGAUGCGAGGACCUAGCUACCCACGGCUGCAGCGGCAACGAGGCUGGGCCCCGGCGCUGGACCCCCAGCGCGUCUGAGACGGACGUUCACCCCACUGGGAUCACCCCUGGCUUAAACGUGGUGCAGCCCCGUCCAGAAAGCCGGCCAGCUACUACUCUGAAAGAGGCCCCUGGGGGCGUUUUCAAAGUGAAUGCAAAAAGGCUUCUAAGGAUUUUGCCAAGCCCACGUAGGGUGUGGAGCCCUAUUAAAUCUACCUUUUGUUUCCAGGAGGAGGUAUCGUAG